AAAAACUUAGAAAUUAUUAUACUUUUUGAAAUAUAGAAUAAGAGCACCAUUAGUAUAGUGACCAAUCGAACUUACUGUAUAUAUGUAGACAAGGUUCCUUGCGCCCAAAGAUUGUCUCUAAAUUUGUUUAUGAGACACGAACUGAUGGAUGUGCUUGUAAAAAAUUACGUGCAGUAAUUUAUUACGGCCGAAAUGUCGUACAAAAUUGGGCAACGUGUCGAAGUUCCUGGCAAGGACUGUCAAGGAGUAAUUGCUUAUAUUGGUCAUCCUAGUUUUGCAUCAGGAAAAUGGAUUGGAGUAAUACUUGAUGAACCAAAAGGAAAAAACAAUGGCACUAUUAAAGGUCAAUCUUAUUUCAAGUGUGCUGAAAAUCAUGGGAUGUUUGUACGACAAUCCCAGCUUAUUUUAUUGGAUGAAGCAGGUAAUAGAACAGAACCUGCUAGUCCAUCAUCAGCAGGUAGUAGUGCUACAACACCGGAUGAAACCAGUGCAGCACGUGCUAGAAGCCGGUUGAAUAGCAUCAGUACACGUCGAAGGAAUGAACCUACUGCAGUACGGAGAAAAACAUCUCCUGCCCAUGUUACCCGGCAGCAAUCUGACAAGCUAUCUGGUUCACGAUUAUCCUUGGCUGGUAGUAGAACGCUUUUAAGCGCGCCAAGUACCGAAAGUUUAUCGGGAUCGCAACAUGAACGUAAAGAUACAGGAGAAUCACUCAUACCAGCCCCAACUUCAACUAAACGAGCUUCAUUUAUCGAGAAGUCCCCUAGCACGAGCUCGCCUCCCGGCAAAAAGCCAAAGGCCCAAGAUGAUCACAAUAAUACAGGUUUUGUAGAAACUCUGAAACCCCAGUUUGUACCUGGCCAAGUAAUGGCAGGAUCUGCAGCAGCUGCAAAUCUGGUAGAAGAAAAACUGUCGCAUUUGCAACUUCAACAAGAAAAUGAGAAUUUGAAAUCUCAGGUUCGCGACCUUACCGAGAAAGUAGAAACUUUAAGAGUGAAGAGAAUGCAAGACAAAGAAAGGAUGAAAGACUUUGAGAAAACAAAACUUCAACUUGAACAGCUUCUUGAAUUUAAAACGAAAGUUAUGGAGAACCAAGCUAGUCUUCAAAGGGAACUUCAACGAGCACGUCAAGAAACAAGAGAUGCACACGUAGCUCGAGAACAAUUCCAAGAAGAAAUGGCAGAUCUCGCGGAAACUGUAGAAAUGGCAACAUUAGACAAAGAAAUGGCCGAAGAAAAGGCUGAAACGUUGCAGAUCGAGCUGGAACAAUUGAGGGAAAAGUUAGAAGAACAGACGUUGGAUUUAGAAAUAUUGCGCACGGAAAUAUCGGAAAGGGCCUCGGGAGGUGGUUCUGCUACUGGUGUUUCGAGCUAUGAAAUAAAACAAUUAGAACAGCAAAACAAUCGAUUACGAGAAACUCUCGUCAGAAUGCGAGAUCUUUCGGCGCAUGAAAAGCACGAAUUUCAGAAACUUCAAAAGGAUUUGGAUCAGAAAAAAUCAGAGAUAUUAGAAUUAGGUCGUACGAAGGAAAAAUUAUCUGCGAGAGUAGAAGAAAUGGAACAUCAAAUUGCAGACCUACAAGAACAAGUUGAUGCUGCAUUAGGUGCUGAAGAAAUGGUCGAAGUGCUUGGCGAAAAGAAGAUGGCAUUAGAAGAAAAAGUUGCGGAGUUGGAGGAAGCCGUAUCAGAUUUGGAAGCUCUACAAGACAUGUCCGAUCAACUUGCCGAAUCAUCGAAAGAAUUAGAGCUAGAAUUGCGGGAAGAAUUAGACCUGGCUCUUGGAGCAGCGCGUGACGCUUAUCGUCAUCGAGACGCAGCUUUAGAAACGUUAGCGGAUCGAGAACUGACGAUUACAAAAUUCCGGGAGCUUACUCAUCAACUGCAAGAGCAAUGCUUGCAAUUACAGCAACGCGUACAAUCAACAGAAACCUCUAAAUUAGGAGGAGGAGGAGGCGCAGAGCAACAAUUGGCAGAAAUUUUAGACUUCCAGAAAACUUUCGCCGAAACACGUGCACAAACGAAAGCUGUUGAUCUUGAAUUACGUCGUUUAGAAGCCGAAGAGGCCCGGAAUCAUGUCAAGUAUUUGUUAUCAUUUAUGCCUCCUGCGUUCUUGGGACGCGGCGGAGACCACGAUGCUAUACUGACUCUUCUACUUAUACCAAGAAUGAUACAAAAGACGGAAAUACUUAUAUCGCAAGUGCGAGAUAAAUAUAGGUCUAUAGAUAAAAUUGAUAGAACAGCUGUCGUGAAGGGUCAUGCAGUAGCACAGUACACCUUCAGAGCUCGUUUGUGCUCGUACAUGUACGCGUUACAAACGUUCCUAGGUUGCUUCGAUUCUGCUCUAAAUGUUUGUACUACUGAAAUGUUACUUAAAGCUGGAGCAGCUUAUCCAGAAAUGGCUGCUCAAGAAAAGGCAUUGGAUGCUUUGAUAGAUUUAGCUAAAAGGGAUCAGUUGGAUGAAAAUCUACCAAUGGAUGCUAUUGAGAAGUGUUGCGGAUACUUCUGUACUAUGUUCUCUGUCCUAUUUGGAGAAACUAUCAGUCAAGCCCGGUUAGUGGUAAACGGCACUAGAAUGUUGGACAGUUCUUGCGAUGCUGUCACAACUGAUGCUGCUGCAAUUAAAAUCUUAAUUCAAGGAGACGGCGGUGAUUUAGGUCUGCUUUGUCAACAUGCAGAAACUACGUGCGAAGUGAUUCAACAGCACUUAAGAUCGGCUAGGAGAAGGGUAUUGACGGAUCAUAGCUCUGCGUUCCAUGCCGCGGAAUCGAAUUUAGGAUUGGAUAAUGACUGCACCGAACAAAUGUUUACGUGUUACCAACAUGCCGUUAAAAUGAUGAAGACACUGCAGUCAUUGUUGAAGAGUGCGGUACAAGCAAUUAUCACGAACGGGGACUUGGAGACAGGGCUCAGCACAGAAAAAUUAAAAGAAAUGGCUUCGAUAUCGUGUGAGAAAGUUUACGAUACCGAGGAUGUCGGGCCCGUGGCUACGAUUAAAGGAAGUCUUACAAUUAUCCAACAAUUAGCAGCCAAUUUGGCACAAAAGAUGGCCGAAUACGAAAACGAGCUAGCUAUAAGCGGUCAAUUAUCGCUACAGUUAGAACAGAAUGCAGAAAAUGAAACCAUACAACCUGUUAAAAUAAGGGCUCAAGCAGCGAAGAAAGAAGCGGAAGAAACUAAGAUACUCAGUAGAAAAUUAGAAGCUAGAGAUAGCGAUAUACGGGAAGCAAGGAUAGCUCUUAGAGAAAAGCAAGAGGAAUUAUGCGAGAUGAUUUUAAGGAAAGAUGUUGUAGAGAAAAAGCUUGCAACACAACAACACGAACAUGAAUUAAAUGUGGAGAAGUUGAAGAGAAAACUGGAAGAAGCUCAGAAUCAAUUAAAACGAAAGGAAAAAGAAUUCGAAGAGACGAUGGAUCAUCUUCAAACCGAUAUCGAUAGUUUGGAAACUGAGAGAGGUCAAUUAAAGGAGAAAUUAAAAUCUAUUGGAAAGAAAACGCUGAUGUCUCUGCCUGUAGGAGACAACGUAACAGGAAGUGUAACAGCAGGAUCAGGAAUUCAAUCAUUGGAUAAUAAAUUCUUAAUGCAAGAAAUAAACUCUCUCAGGGAAGCAUUACUCAGUGAAACUCAACAGAAGAAGAAAUUAAUGUCUGAUACAUUGCGUGAAAAGUUAGAAAGUUUAGAUCCGAUUGCACCUCCAGCAAAAUCAGGAUCAACUAAUGCGAAGAUAUUAGAAUUGAAGAAGAAAACUAACGAUCUUACUAAGGACAUCAAGCAAGCUAUGACAUUCCCUACUGUUCCUGAUCUAAGGCGUAAGAAAAUAUUAGAAAAAACAAUGCCGUUACAUCAUCUGUUGCAACGUCAAAUAAUUAUGAGAGAAUUAAAAGACCGAGCUGAUCAGUUGGUUGAUGAAGUUCGCGAGGAGAUUGUAAAGAGAACGGCAGGAGGAAAGGCUGAAGCGAAUUUUGCAGUAUUUCCAAACCGUGAAAUGGCAGCAGCGAUGCAAGAAAAUCAAUUAUUUGCUGCGGAAGUGGUGAUUCCCCAUAAGGGUUCAGAACAAGUUUUGACUGUUAACGUAGGUACUCAGGAACUUAGAAAAAUUCAUACUUUACUAUGCUAUUAAGUUUGCUAGUUGUUGUCUAGUAGCACUUAUCUGAUGUGGCAGAAUAUGCUACCAUACAACUGCUAACAAUUACAAUGUGGUUGUAAGAUAUUAAUUCGUAGUUUGCUUUAUAUCGAAUUCAUACAUGAGAUGUGAUAGCCGAUGAUGUUCUGUUGCAACUUAUGUACAAUUAAUCUAUUUUAUAUAUGAAAAGAGAACAAUUAAGUUUUUAUAUCCUACGAAAGGAGCAGAUUAAAUCUAGUGAUAAUAUAUCUUUUUUGAGUGUGCGAUUUUAUUUAUUUGAUCGGCUAUAGCACGAUGACCGGUGCAUCGUAGCUGGUAGUCUGUAUCAUUUUGUUCUUUUAUAAACUCAAAUAUAUCAUUACUAUUAACAAUUUGAACAAUCAAGUUCUGCGCCUCUAUGACUUCUGUAUAAUAUCUUUUAUGAAUUAUCAAAUAUAUGACUUAAAAAUAUUUACAUAAAUAUCCUUUACAUUAUCCCAUGUGUCAAGAAUAUCGCAACACAGUUACUGGGAGCAAGUAUAUCGUCCAUUUUGAACAAUAUGUUACUACCAUUCUGGAUAACUAUAAUAAUUGUGUAUUGCCAUAAAAAUUGACACUUAAUGAAAUGGAAACUAUAAUACAAUGUUUCAAUUUUUAUUUAUAGCAAUAAAAGAAGCAGUAAACCGUUGAUAUAUCCUUCAUUAUUUAUGAAGUAACGUAUGCCUUAAUUACUGUCAUAAUUUUAUUAUACAUACACACACAUAAAAUGUUAUCUGUAUACAGUGUGAUCUCGCAUCAGUCAACAUGAUACUUAUACUAUCUGUCUUUUAAACAGAACAAAAAAAGUGAUUAUUUCAAGCAAAAAAUCAUUGAUCUCUAACAAAAACUUAAUUAUCACAAUACAAAACUAUGUUCAUUUUCUUUUAUAAAAGAUUAAGGUCAGCUUGUAUUUUUUGAACAGUAUUAUAUAUUUUUAUUUUCAUAUUAUAACAGUACAUGGAAAGAUGAAUUUAAUGAUAUAACAACAUAAUGCGUAUCAUUACAGUUAUUCGAUUUCAAAUUAGUUCAACACACGAUGAUCCACGAAUCGGUAUUGUUGAUACGUGAAAAAGUAGUGAAAUGUUAACGUAAAUAGAUGUGAAUGUAUGAAGAAACAUAUAAGGUGAAGUAUGUUUAUUUGACAUCAUUUGUAUUAACUAUAAUUACGAAAUCUAUUAUAAAACUACUUUAGUAAUAAUAUUUACAUUAUCGAAAGAUUUCAAAAUUUCUCGAACUUAUGGAACAUUAUAUCAGCUUUUAUGCAAAUAAUUAUUUAUGAUUUUAUACUUUGUUGCUUUUGUUUACUAGUUGUCUCGUUCGGAGAUCAAUGGAUAGGUACUAUAUGAUCCAUACAACUGACUAGCUCGUACAAUAAAUUUUAAUCUUUUAGACUUUUAUUUCUGAAGAUAUUUACAGUCUGUAGUUUGUGACAUACCAAUUAAUUGUAUCUUUUCAGGAACGCAUAAUACGAGCGUGCAGAAGCAUACAGAGCGAUAUAAUUAUUUGACGUUUUUAAAAUUCAUCUUUUAUGUACCACAGGAAGAAAAAUGUAAGCUGAUACUAAUUAUUAUAAAAGAAAGUGCUCGAAAUUCAUUUGAAAUAAUUAAUUUCUUGUCAAGAUCCAAUGAACAUCUGUUCGAAACAUCUCUUUGCUAAACUAACAAAAUUAUCACCAAUAUCAUAGCGACUGAUACGAGGAUCACUCUGUAUAUACACAUAUACAUAUCAGAUAGCAGUAAGUGCAUAUAUCAUUAAUUAUUCAUUAACUUACUCGUUCAUUCAUUCUCACUGCAUGGUAAUACACACUUUUACUCAUUAAUUUUGUUUUUAGUUUCCCUCAUUUGUAAUAAUAAUAACAAUAAUAAUAAUAAAAAUAAUAAUAAUUAACCAUACCAUUCAUUCAAGGAGAUUUACCGGUUGCAUCUCUCUUUUUUUUUUUUGUUCUUCAUCAAACAAAUUGUCCUUUGAAAAUAUAAUAGUACAUAUAUAAGAUCCAGUCGUAUUAUCCUUGUAUUAUGGAUCACAUUAAGGCUGACCGGAUAUUUUCUUUAGAAUGUUUCCACAAUAAGAACAUGAUAUAAUUAAUAACGAUCAAUUAUACAUUAUUUUGGAAGUAGUGCUUGGAACAUGGACGUGAAUAUUGGCGCUACUAGUAUGGUCAGUGUGAAAUGAAAAUUUUCAAUGACAGAAACGAGCCUUUGAAAACUCCUUUCUAAUUGCUGCAUGUAACGUGACUUCGCGUAUAUAACACGACUCAUUAUACACAAUCAACAAUCGACUGAUCGAUCGAUUAAGAAUUUCUAAGUCACGUAUUGUAAACUUAAUAUCAAAGCAAUAGCACGAGGAAUACCGCUGCACAGUCUCUGCCAUUAAAACUACACGGAAGAAAUCCUUUGGCUAAAUUUGGUUACAGAAUUAUUUUUCAUGCGCUUCGUGUAUUAUUCUUUUCUUCUUCUCUUAAUUAUCUUAUUCACAUGAGAACUAAGUCUGUAAUCCAUCUUCAAUAUAAAAAGUCUGUUUAAUGUUGAUCUUGUUUAUUGUAAUCGACUAAACAUACUCACAGAAAGAAAGAGAGUUAGCAACGAAGCUCAUCAGGACAAAUGGAUAUUCUCAGUAAUUUGCUCGUUUCUCGACUGAUACGGUGUACCUAAAAAUUAAACUGCUGCCUUAAUGAUAAUAUUACUUGUCAGUAUUUGCAUCGUCGAUACUGCCACUUAUUCGUAUGUACGCAUGUAUGUGUCUAUGUGUACGUUAUGUAUAUAUAUAUAUAUAUAUAUAUUUAUAUAAAAAAAAAAAAAAAAAAAAUAUUUUUAU